AUGGCAUCAUCAGCAAAAGAUCCAAGUGUGAUUUCGGAACUCCAGAAGAGCCAUGUUCCCGUGCCUUGGUGUGAUGAAUACGAGAAGAUGAUUAGUGGGUUGAACUUUUCUACGUACAACUCUCCGGAAAUGCAGGAAUAUAAACUGGGAACCCUGAAGAAGUUAAAUGAUUUCAAUAAUCUGGCAAUCCCCGAAAACAGCACGCUUACAUCGUUAAAGCAACGGCGGAUGGCUGUAGCCAAGUCUAUGCUUGGUCAAUUAGGAGAGGGAGCUAAUAUUGAACCGCCCUUUUUCGUCGGCUGGGGCUGCAAUGUAUUCAUUGGAGACGGGGUUUAUAUCAAUCGCGAAGUGUCACUUUAUGACAACGCCCUCAUCCGCAUUGGCGACCGCGUCCUUAUUGGGCCGGGCGUGUGUAUUUGCACGGGGACUCACAAGACUGCGGCGAAGGACCGACAAGAAGCGAGUGGUACGUCUUUUGCUCGCCCGAUCACCAUUGAGGCGGACUGCUGGAUCGGCGCACGAGCUACCAUACUAGACGGAGUGCGUAUUGGAGCAGGCACUACCAUUGCAGCUGGUGCUGUGGUCACGCAGGAUAUUGAGGCUGGGUGUCUGGCUGGCGGUGUGCCUGCGAAGGUAUUGCGAAGACUUUAG